AUGGACCCUCUUUCAAUCACAGCAUCGACGGUGACGUUGAUUCAAGUCGCCGGCACUGUCGCGACGUCGCUCCAACGCUUUGUCCAUUCUCUUAAGACGGCAGACUCGCGCAUUACGGAACUCUGUAACGAGACUAGGUCGCUCUCGCUCCGAAACAAUGCUUCGCAGGAUAUGAUUCUGUUUGAGCUCGAUCGGCUCAAGGUUUCCAUUGAUGAGGCGCUUCUAGCAUCCCGCCAACCACGCCAUGGGUUCAACCACAAUCCCUCUUCAGAUUCGCGCGUCGCCCGUAACCUACGAAACCUCGCCGAAGCAGCCAGGCACUUCCACUCCGCCGCCAGCUCUACCGCAAGCACCAUCCGUGACCACAGCGGUAGCUUGCUAGGUGAUUUUCCUGCUCACCGCCGGGAACGCGUAGAAACUUUUAUCAGAACUGCGGGUAGGCAUGCUUCAGGCCACCAAACACCCUCCACAAUAGUCUCGGCUCCAACAGACUCGGUAUCGGUCGUAACUAGUUCCCGAUCCCUCCGGGUUUCAACAUCAGCCCCGCGAUGGCCUAUGGUCGAGGAUGAUGAAGACGACGAGGUGGAAUUUGAGCAACAUUUUCUAGACGGCCUCGAAGACCUUGCCAAGGACAGUAUUCGACGCCGGGAGUUCGAGAAGGCGAUUGGGUUCCUCACCGAGGCGAUCCAGCGAAAAGAGAAAGCAAGCUCCGGCCAGGAGAAUUUGCCGCGGCUCCAAACUCAGUUAGCCCUGUGCUACUUAUUUGGGGACGAUUGGAAGAAGGCUGAGCCGAUCGUUUUUGGUUUAGCAAACCGCAAAGAGUCAUUCUUGUGCCUGGGCCCGGUGGUCUGGACCAUGCUCCACGCUCUGGCGCUCGCUUAUCUAUCGACUUACUCGUUCGACGACGCGUUGAAGAUGUGCAAGAGGGCCUUCCACGCUCAGGGAAAAUGGGCAAAGAUUAAGAAGUUGGAUCGGCGAGAUGUCGCGGGCGGCGCAGAAACGACCGGCUUAUUAGCCACCAUCUUCCAUAUGGAGGGGGACUACAUCGCCGCCGAAAUUUACCGCCGCCAGCUACCAGGGAACUUUCUCUAUAACCACUGUUCGGACCCUCGUGAGUUCCUCUCCAGCCAAUACGAUCUUCUGGAAGAUGUGCUCGGAGACGACGUGCCAGAUCCAUGUGAUUACAGUCCCUGCGAUGGCCCGCUCAACAUUCCGAAACUCUGGAUAAACACACAACAUUCUAUGCGGGCCUCUCUACAGCGACCGACAACUGUACGCAAAACCUUCACCGUUAAUGGUGGCGACUUGUCGCCCCUGAGAGCCCGACGCCGUCAAUGGGAGAAGUUUGAGAUGGAUACAAGCAAGGAGGUCGUCGUUAUUACUCCUGGCCCCAUUGCCGGGACAGAAGACAAGGCCGCAUCAACGGCUUCAGACAACCUGCGAGACACCACUAUCACGAGUGGAUUCCGAGAGAGAGCUACAAGGAUGUUUGAGACGGGGCGUGGUCUGCACCGAGCGUGGCGUAGGUGGAGCGCGGAAACCGACUAUGCAGCCUCUUCCACCCCGUCCCCAAUCCGGCGGUGGUUGAAAGGAACCAGCAUGCUUUCCGCGAAGCCAGUCAGGACCGUGCUUCGAAAGAGGCCUAAUAACAACACGACGCCCGCUGUUCGCCCUCGGUGGGAGGGCCCCAAGACAUUUCGGGGGUUGCCGAUAAGCCGCCCCAUCAUUGCUGACUCGUCCGAGUGGUGCCCGACUUUCCGAUUGCCAGUCGGGCAUCCGGCGACCAUCCUCGAUGAUGAUCCCAUCUCAGAGCCAGCUUGCGAAGGUCAUCUUACAUUAAUGAAUGUUGCGGAUAAUGAAGCAGGUAUCGUCGCUUGUAGCGAUGGCCCGUGUCCCGACACCAUCCAGGCCCACGAUUCCGAAGUCGAGCAGGCAGCCCCAGUGAUAUCCAAGGUCACUGAGCAACCUGUGACACACCAUAUCGCAAAGCCUUCCAAAUCAUCACGCCCAGUAGAGCUUUUUGGCACGCCGUCUUCUGCCACCAAGGAGAAGCGGGCUUUUUACCAAGCUGAUUCUCUCGAUGUACUCCGCGGCUAUUUGUUGAUCCCUCAGGAACAGGGCACUCAUCCCAGCUGCGAUACUGAUGAGGUGUUGCGCUUGGAUUCACCUACGCUGGACAGCUUUCCCGAGAUUGCAACACCACAAAGUCGCCCUGGGCUUACAAGGAAACACUCUAACAUACCUCGGACCACUUCAUUCAUCAAGAGAGCAAAUGGGAAUAAUAUUACCACGCAACCCAACCAUCCGUCAAAGAAAGCGGGACCUACUUCUCACCGCGGCCGCAAUCUGCCGGGACAUGGAUUCGCGCGAAGGCGGGCAAAUCCCAAGCCUACCACGGCAGCUCUCUCGCAAGAAGAAACCGUGGCUCUCUCAAAGCUCGCAGACAUCCUGGCAUCUUUAGCAACUAGGGAUGAGUUGGAUGCGGACAAGCUCCAUGAAAUCAAACUGGAACUCGAAGCGCUGUCAGCAGACCUGAAGAUAUGGAAUGCCGAUUCUACCCUCCACUACGAUCUGCAGACUGUUAUCAAAUCCCUUCCCGGCCAUUCAAGAGGGUCUACCGCUUGGGACGAGUGGCAGGAUUCUGGAUACUCUUCAGGUUACGGGAGUAGCGAAACGCUGUCAAGUUCUGAUGCGACGAGUCCUGGAUCGGAGCAUGCACCUCGGGAACCGAAACCACAACCGACAGACCACAAGAAGGACAUAAAGCCGAAGCAGAAACAACCGAAACGGCGUCUUUCCUUGAUGACGAGGAGUGGAGCUAGUGAUCGGUCAACAUUUAUUUGGGCGGCUCUCCCAAUUUCUACGCUGAGAGAGCCGGAUUUGGGUAAUUUCUUUUGA